CGUGACAAACGCCGUAUGGCUCGCGCCGUUUAUUCCUCAGUUGAACUCCGUCCGUUAACCAGCGCGGGACUCCGCCGGCUGCCAACUUAGUAUAGCUUAUAUAUAAAAAAAUACGAAACUCAGCUGGCUACUGGCAACCGACUUCGCAGCAUCCAACACAGCUAUAAAAUGUCGACGGAGGAAGUAUUGCUGCUAAACGGCCAUGCGACGAACGCCUACGUAACAGAAUCAAAGAGAUCAUCAGCUGCUACAAAUGGCUCUGGGGUUGAAUUCGCUAUUUCAAACCAAACAGACAUAGACGGACCGGACCAAGUACGUGCGGCUGAUUCGAUAUCCACGACUGAAGCAGACGGUCGAGUUCGCAUUGAACUUGAAAAAAAUGGAACUUUCGAUCAUGUGCCUAUCUCAGUGCCAGGAUUGCUGGCAAAAACGGCCAGAGAAAACCCCAACUUUCCAGCCUUGGUAUCCCGUGAAGGAAUCGAUGGGCGAAGAAUCACCUAUACCUUCAAAGAAUACCAUAAUCAGGUUCGGAUCGUGGCGAGAGCAUUCUUGAAGCUUGGACUGGAGCGCUACCAUGGCGUCUGUAUCAUUGGGUUCAACAGUCCCGAAUGGUUCAUCACUGACCUUGCAGCCAUACAUGCUGGAGGGUUUGCCUCUGGGAUUUAUACAACUAACUCCGCAGAAGCUUGCCUGUACUGCGCGGAACGCAGCAGAGCUAAUAUAAUUGUCGUCGAGGAUUCCAAACAAUUGGAGAAAAUUUUGGCAAUCAAAAGCAAGCUACCCCUUCUCAAAGCCAUUGUACAGUAUGAAGGUGUUCCCACUCAGAAAGGUGUUCUAAGUUGGAAAGAACUAUUGGAAAUCGGUAAAAAUGAGUCUGAUGACAAGUUGGAUCAUGUCUUGCGGACAAUUUGUGUCAAUGAAUGUUGCACUUUGGUUUUUACGUCCGGAACAGUUGGGCAUCCAAAAGCAGUUAUGCUGAGCCAUGACAAUCUCAUCUACGAUGCGAAGGCGAUCAUAAUUGCGGCAAAAUUAACGCCUAGGAAUGACAGACUCGUCAGCUUCCUUCCACUGUCGCACGUAGCGGCUCAGGUUGUCGAUAUCUAUGCAGGCAUGGUGGUUGUUGGAACGGUAUAUUUUGCUGACAAAGACGCCUUAAAGGGUACCCUGAUAAACUCUCUGCAGGUAGCGAAGCCCACCGUCUUUUUAGGAGUCCCCAGAGUGUGGGAAAAAAUCUAUGAAAAAAUGCAGGCCGUAGCCCGAAGUAACGGAGUGAUAAAAACGUGGAUUGCAAAUUGGGCCAAAGCCCAGGCACUCGAAUAUAACAUAAACAAGAUGAACGGAGUGGACUAUAAGAGCUGGAGCUAUCUGUUGGCUAAAUGGCUUGUCUUCAGCAAAAUAAAGAGCACUCUUGGUCUAGACAAGUGCAAUAUCUUUGUGACAGCCGCCGCUCCAUUGAGUACCGAGGUGAAAAGAUAUUUCAUGAGCCUUGAUAUCCCUCUCAUGGAAGCUUUUGGAAUGUCAGAAUGCGCUGGUGCUCACACUCUGAGCCGAAAUGACAAUUACAGACUGGGAAGUGUCGGACCACUUUUGCCAGGCAUGCGCUUGAAAAUAGACAAACCAGAUGCUACUGGUGAAGGCGAAGUCUGCAUGAAGGGUCGUCACAUCUUUAUGGGAUACCUUGGAGAACAAGAAAAAACUAAGGAAGCUAAAGACGAUGAAGGAUGGUUACACAGUGGCGAUUUAGGCCGAUAUGAUGAAGACGGGUUCCUUUGGAUGACAGGACGUAUCAAGGAAUUAAUAAUUACGGCCGGUGGUGAAAACAUUCCGCCGGUUCACAUAGAGCAUUUAGUCUUGGCUGAAUUACCAGCUCUUAGCAAUGCACUUCUUGUCGGUGACAUGAGAAAAUACUUGACGAUACUAGUCACUCUAAAGACUGAUGUAAAUCCUGAUACUGGGGCAUCGUUGGACACGCUGUCACCAUUGACACUGUCUUGGGCUCAGUCAAUCGGCAGCAAAGCGAAAACAGUAACGGAAGUCAUACAAUCCAAGGACCCAGCUAUUCACAAGGAAAUCGAAGAAGCUAUUAAAAGGGCAAACAGUCAUGCAACAAGUAAUGCGCAAAAGGUGCAGAAAUUCCGGAUUCUCCCACAUGACUUUUCAGUCCUAACGGGUGAAAUUGGACCAACGUUAAAAGUAAAAAGAAACGUUGUCCUCAAGAUGUACGCAGAUUUAAUUGAAGAGAUGUACAAAUAGUGAAAAUUAGCAUAGGUAUACAGGGUGACAUUAAGAGCUGCAAGACUUUGGAUGUGAAGUCAGAUAAAACCGGUUAUGAGAAGAUGUUAUAGAGUUAUCUCUUGCAAAAAGUCGAGCAAUGAAUAGUGCAAAUUAUUGGUAGCUCAACAUGUACCUACUUUAGUUAUCUUGAUGAAAACGUACUAAGAGAAGAAUUUUUUUAAAUAAUCGAAAUGAAAAAGGGUAAACGGGGUGAAUAAUAUAACCAAAACACUAGCAGUAGCAUUAUAUACAUACUAUGUCAUUUUUCACCAUGAAUUUUUCUGACCGCAUUUGCAUAUAAUUUAGAUGUAAUUAGUAAUACAAUGUUGCAAAUGG